CAUCGUUUUUUUUUUUUAAGAGGCAAACAGUCGGUGCAUCUGUGAAAGAGUGGGUGGUUUUGCACUGCUCGGGAAAGACUUUGAGCGUGCUCCACACUAAGCCCUCCCCCUUUUCCCUCCCUCUCUAUCCUUUCCUCUCUUCCCUCCUCCUCCCUCCAGCAGCUGUUUUCCAGUCUUAGCUGGGAACUGGAGCCAGGCUUUUUUUAUUUUUUUUUAUUCUUUCCCCAUCCUCACGUCACAAGCAGGAACUCACCGACUUACCGACACACACAAACACGCACACUCUUCCUUUUUUUUUUUUCUUUCUAUCUUUGCCCUGUCCCACACUCGUCUGGCUGUUGACUGUGUACUAACCUCAUUUUGGACUACAGACUGAGGAGCAAGUAUUCCCACUCUCCUACUCGGCUGCUGUGAUUGCGUGCUCACAUUGCUGUGUGAGAGCCGCCUGACUAUUUCGGAGAAAUGCUUUCAUGGAGUGUGGUUCCCCCUGGCUGAAGAGACGUGUGUCCAGCAGCAUCUCUCCACCCAGGACCCACUGUGUUGCUACUGCGCCCAUGAGGUAACGUCCGGACCUACCGCCCCCUCAUUACCACCCUUGGUCCAUCCAUCUCCCUCCCCUCUGUCCCUUCCUGCCCUGGACCUACCCAGCCAUGGGCCAGAAGAUCUCAGCCAGUAUUAAGUCAGUGGAUGUAAGAGGGGAGCCCUCGUAUCAUCCGGUGCGCCGCGAGCUGCGGGGCCCAGAUUUCUGUCGGCCCCCCAGGCUGGACUUGCUGCUGGACAUGCCAGCGGCCAGUCCUGAGACUCAGCUUCGCCACGCCUGGAACCCCGAUGACCGGUCCCUCAAUGUCUUUGUAAAGGAGGACGACAAGCUGACGUUCCACCGACACCCAGUAGCACAGAGCACAGACUGUAUCCGAGGCAGGGUGGGCUACACCAGGGGCCUCCAUGUUUGGAGGAUUCACUGGCCGGCCAGACAGAGAGGCACCCAUGCUGUCGUGGGCGUGGCCACCGCUGAAGCACCUUUACACUCGGUGGGCUACAUGGCCCUGGUGGGCUCGGACUCUGAGUCCUGGGGCUGGGACCUGGGUCGGAACAGACUCUACCACGAUGGAAAGAACCGGCCCGUGUCCACGUCGGCGCCCACGUACCCCUGUUUCCUGGAACCAGACGAGUCUUUUGUGCUUCCAGACUCUCUGACAGUAAUACUAGAUAUGGAUGAAGGGACGCUGAGCUUCAUGGUGGACGGACAGUAUCUGGGAGUCGCUUUUAGAGGGCUAAAGGGCAAGAGACUGUAUCCCAUCGUCAGUGCUGUGUGGGGACACUGUGAGGUUUCUAUUCGCUACGUCAACGGACUAGAUCCGGAGCCCCUGCCGCUCAUGGACCUGUGCAGACGAGUAGCUCGACUGGCCCUGGGCAGAGAGCGCAUCCAUCACAUCGACACACUGCCACUGCCACAGACUCUCAAGAACUACCUCCAGUACCAGUGACCACACACACAUUCACACGCACAUACACACACAGAGAGAUAUGGGAAGAAGCUGAAGCCCACUUGUUCUUAUUGUAACCAGCCUCCAAACUGAACUUAAUCAUAACCAUCAGACAUCUGCUGAGGAUGGUGGACUACGACAACGACCACGAAAGGUGGUGAAGACGCCGCUGCGAGGGUUUUUUGUUUACACCAGUUUGGGAUUUCCCAUUUUGGAUGUUUUUUUUUUAUCUGGUUUUCAGCUUUUUGUUUGUUUGUUUGUUUUCCUUUUCGUUGCUGACUGCUGUUUCUCUCCUGGGCAGAUGACCGAAAUUAAAAGUGUGAGAGAUUAAAAGAGAAUAUUGCAAUCCAGUUUCCUGCUAAUCAUAUAUACACAUAUAUAUAUAUAUAUAUAUAUGUGUGUGUGUACACAUGUCCUCUGUCAGAAAUGCCUUCAAUGCUGUGGUUUUUUGGCGACAGUUUACCCAACACACUCUGUGGAAGCUUCCUCGGAAACAUGUUGGUAUGUAUAUUUAUAUUCCCAGCAACACAGCAGGCUCUGUGGAGACACAACAAUCCCUUCAAGCCACAGGAGAGAGAGAGAGAGAGAGAGAGCAAGCAUUAGAGAGAGAGAGAGAGAGAGAGAGAGAGUCAACACACAGAUCUGUUUUUGUUAGUGUGUACACAGUCUAGUGCACAUGGACUACAUGUGUACAGUGAAUGUGUGACUGUAUAGAAACAAAGCCCACACUGUUUGUACUAAAAAGACAAGUCACUGACAAAUGUGCAGUCCCCAUCUACAGACUCAAAAACACAAUUCUAGUCUGAUUUGAGCAUUUUGAAUCCCCCUCCUCUGUCCUCUCUCCUCCCAGCCCCCCUCCCCUCCUCUCUCUCUCCCUCUCUCUCUCUCAUCUCGUUGUGUGUCUCCCGGUCACUCACUCCAGUUUGAUUUAAGCCUCCAUCUUGUUUGGUGAACCCGAAGGACCUCGCCUGCUGUUGUCGGCUCUUUAGCUCCUGUAACGCUGAUAGAGAUUGAUCUGAAGGUGUAGCUUUGUCUUUGACUGCUAAUGUGCCUGCUCUGAGACAGCACACACAUACAAACAAAGCACAUUACCCCUCCCACCUUAAAAAAAAAAAGAAAAAAAAAGUUUUUAAUGCUGCUUUUUCUUUUUCUGUUCUGCCGUUUUACCCUCGUGGGUUUUUAUCCUGGAUUUACUUUUGAAAAUUAUUGUCUUAAAAUUAGAUUUUUUUUUUAUUUUUUAUUUUUUUUAGGUUUUCUUUUUUUUCUGUGGGACUGGACGUCUCGCUCCUAUGGUGGAAGAAUGUGCUGCCAUUAGACUCUUUUAAAUGUGAAUAAGAAUAAACUCAGCUAAACU